CUGUACAUAGACUGCGCAGCGACAAUGGCAGGAACUUCGUUGGAGCAGACAGAGAGGCCAAGAGAUUUGCGGAGAUCUUCGAACCCGAGAGGAUCCAGUCGGAGCUGUCAAGCAAGGGAAUUGAGUGGAUCUUCAACUGCCCAGCGAACCCAUCAGAGGGUGGAGUCUGGGAGCGAAUGGUGCAGUGCGUGAAGAGGGUGCUACGCCACACAGUGAAGGAAGUGGCGCCGAAGGAGCACGUCCUGGAGAGUUUCCUAAUAGAGGCGGAGAACGUCGUUAAUUCUCGUCCACUUACCCAUUUGCCAGUGAGUGCGGACCAGGAAGCCCCUCUUACGCCCAAUGAUCUCCUCAAGGGAGCAGCUUGCCCACCGGAUACCCCCGGCCUGGAUGGAGGCCUCGUCAAGGAAGGAGCUACGCGGAAGCAGUGGCGCGUGGCAAGGAUGUUGAGAGACCGAUUCUGGAGGAGGUGGGUCUUGGAGUACCUACCCACGCUGACACGGAGAGAGAAGUGGUGCCGCAGAGAGAAGCCGAUUCAACGAGGAGACAUCGUCUUCGUUUGCGAUCCAGCCAUUCCGCGUCGAGACUGGCGGAAAGGCGUCGUGGAGGAGACCUUUGCUGGAACGGAUGGUGAGGUCAGACGAGCCCGCGUUAGGAUCAUGGAUGGAGAUCGGACCCGCUGGAUAAUGCGCCCCGCUUCAAAGUUGGCGGCUUUGGAUUUGAGUGAAGAAGUUCUUCACGGAGGUGGGGAUGUCGCGGAUCGAUUAUCGAUAGUUAGUAUUUAAGUAGAAUUUUGUUAUUGUGCACUCGUGAAGAGAUUGGGCACACUAGGAUUGAAAUAAUGGCGCGUGUGGUGAAUUUGUCGUUGUUGUCAUAGAGUGUGGGAGGUUAAACUGCGAAUAAAACAUAAGUUGUACGCAUACACAUUGGCGUGUGUUUUGGAAGCGGGUUGCCCCAUCGCCGCCGUAC